GGAUAAUAGAAUAGCAGAUGAUAUUUGGAUGAUAAUAAACCAGCACUAGAACCCAAAAUCCAACCACUAUAAUGGUCGCUAUAUGCUCGGGAAUCCGCGCCGCCUACGCCUCCUCCUGCCCCGUCGCCUCCGCCGCGAAUCUAUUCCUCUGGGCCUCCUCCUCUGCUCGCGCUCCGACUUUUCUGCGGCGCAGGUGACUCCGAGAAUCUUCUUUUGGGAGGGGCCAGGGCGAGGGUAUCUCGGCGUCCAAAAGCCAUGGCCUCUGCCCAUCCCUCGCAAGGAUUGCCUUCAGGGAUGGAUCCUUCUAUGGUGGAUGAGUACGCUUCCCAGUCCAAGCUGUUGCAAGAAUUCGUCAAGAUACCCAGCAUUGGCAAGGCUUGGGUCUUCACUUCCAAAGAUGAAAACGCAUCCAGGGCAAUGGUUUCUGUUAGCCAGUCGGAUCUUUUGGCCAACAAAAAGAGGAGUUUCCUUCUAAAUACUCACAUUUCAAAAAGUUCCUCAAAGUCAGUAAGUUUCCAGUGGUCUCCCUUCCCGGUUGAAAUGAGUGGAGUGUCAGCAGUCGUUCCAUCACCGUCCGGCAAAAAGCUUCUGCUAGUACGGAAUGCUGAGGAUGAUGACUCCCCUACAAAAUUAGAGAUUUGGGGGCCCUGUCAGUUGGAGAACGAAAUACAUGUUGCACGAUCUGUUCAUGGGUCGCUGUACGCUGAUGGAUGGUUUGAAGGGAUUUCAUGGAACCAGGAAGAGACUCUUAUAGCUUAUGUUGCUGAGGAGCCUCCUCAACCAAAGCCAGAGUUCAAUGAUUCAGGUUACAAGAAGGAAGGUUCGUCUCAAAAGGACUUCAGGAGCUGGAAGGGACAAGGGGAUAUAGAAGAUAGCUGGGGAGAAACCUAUAGUAACAAAAGGAUACCUGCUUUGUUCGUCGCUAACAUCUCUAGUGGUGAAGUACGAGCAUUGAAGGGUAUACCUAGAUCGUUAAGUGCUGGCCAGGUGAUUUGGGCUCCAUCGUCUUCAUAUAGUUUGGUUUUUGUGGCAUGGUCAGAUGAUAAUGGUUUCCAAGAGACACCAAGGAAACUUGGUAUCAAAUACUGCUAUAACAGACCUUGUGCUCUGUAUGCUGCUGCUGAUCCUUUCAAGGAAGAAGCUGACAAACCAUCUACUGACUCCAAUAAGGGUGAUACUGCAGCUCUGGUCAAGUUAACAGCAGACUUGAGCAGUGCCUUUUUCCCACGGUUCAGCCCGGAUGGGAAGUAUCUUGUGUUCAUCUCAGCAAAGAGUGCUGUGGAUAGUGGAGCACACAAUGCCACAAAUUCAAUGCAUAAAAUUGACUGGCCUACCGACGGCAAACUAGAGGGGAGCCUCAGUGUUUCUGAUGUGGUACCCACUGUAAUGAGCCCUCAAGAUGGGUGUUUCCCUGGGAUGUACUGCUCUGGCUUACUUCGGUUUCCAUGGCUUUCUGAUGGACGGACUAUGAUUUUAUCUUCUGCUUGGGGAAGCAAGGAAGUAAUACUUUCUAUCAACGUUGCGAGCGGCGAAGUCUCAAGAGUUAGUCCGCAGGAUUCAGAUUAUUCCUGGAACGUUCUCGCACUUGACAAUAAUAACAUUCUUGCAGUUUCCAGCAGCCUUGUAACGCUGCCUCAAAUGUACUAUGGAUUUGAAGAUUCUCACACAGACAAGCCCUGCCAGUGGGACUGGCAGGAAAUUUCGUCUCCAUUUCCGAAGCCAUCUGAUAAGGUCAGCUCCUUGUUAGCCGAUCAUAAGUUCAGUGUAAUCAAAAUCCCAGUCAGCAAUCCUUCUGACAAACUUCCAGAUGGUGCUAAGCUCCCCUUUGAGGCUAUUUUUGUGUCUGGCAAGGAUUCAGCAAGUAGUCCAACGAUUGUUGUUCUUCAUGGUGGCCCUCACAGUGUCUACCCAUCAAGCUAUUCGAGAUCCUUGGCUUUUCUGUAUGCACAGGGAUAUAACCUGCUUGUUGUAAAUUACAGGGGCUCGUUGGGGUUUGGAGAAGAAGCAUUGCAAUCUCUUCCUGGCAAUAUUGGUUCUCAGGAUGUGAAUGAUGUAUUGACAGCUUUGGACUUUGUCAAAAAGAGAGGACUAAUAGAUGCAUCUAGAGUAGCUGUAGUUGGAGGUUCACAUGGAGGUUUCUUGACAACACAUUUGAUCGGCCAGGCUCCAGAAACAUUUGUUGCAGCAGCUGCUCGAAAUCCAGUAUGUAACUUACAAUUGAUGGUCGGUACCACUGAUAUCCCUGAUUGGUGCUUUCUGGAGGUUUAUGGAAAAGAAGGGAAAAACUGCUUUACGGAAUCUCCUUUGGCGGACACUCUUACUCAGUUUUACCAGAAAUCACCAAUAUCACAUAUUUCCAAGGUUAAGACACCAACACUCUUUCUUCUCGGAGCAAAAGAUCUCCGUGUUCCUGUUUCUAAUGGCCUACAGUAUGCAAGGGCUUUGAAGGAGAGGGGGGUUGACACCAAAAUUAUUGUCUUCCCAGAAGAUAUUCAUGGACUUGACAAGCCACAGUCCGACUUUGAGAGCUUCCUCAACAUAGGAGUUUGGUUCAAGAAGUACAUGAGCAAAUAAGCAUUGGGCUCUUAAACACAAUGAUCUCCUUGUAUUUUUCAUUCUGGUGGAUAAAUGGUUGUAAUUUAGGUCAGAGGAACCUGUGCCAUGAAAGUAGUGUUCGACUGGCAACUCUUGUAAAUAAUAUCUUCUGUGGACUUGUGGUGCUACUUUAAUGGUACUGGUAUGGAUUAGAACUUGUGAUUCCAAAAAUAAAGCUGAUGCAUUUUAGAGCUCA